GAGAUUCAUUCACGGCUUCAUGGUAUAAGAGCCUCCAUCCAGCACCGAGUCUUUAAUUUAGGGUUUUCUUUCUUGUCUUCUUUCUCAAUUCUCUGUCAUGGCUUCGUCCUUUAGUCCUUCAUCUUCAUCCGAACAAGUAUCUUCUUUAUUUUCUUCUAUUUCGUCUACCUCCUUUACUACUUCGUCAAAUCCCACCAUCCCAAAUUUCCCAAUUAUACCAUCUCUCUCCACUAUCGGUACUUACACUUUUUCAACCCCUAAUACCAUCUAUCCUACCCAUCAUAAUACUAUCCCUUCUAUCUUCUCUCACCCUGUUUUCACUGUGUCUAAUAUCAAGACCUUUGUCCCUGAGACACUGACGCAUGAAAAUUAUGCUAUUUGGAAAGAAUUGAUGUUCCCUGUCUUUAAGAGCAAGGGAGUGUAUGGGCAUAUUGAUGGCACUGAUCCACGUCCACCCCCUACAAGUCCAAAUUUUGAGGCUUGGAUGCAAAUUGAUUUUCAGAUCUUGUCCUGGAUUCAUGCUGCUAUUUCUACUGAGGUUGGAUGUUUAGAUAGUUGUCGAUUUACCUCUGGCUAUUGUUUAUUUUUUGGUAGAUCUCUUAUCUCCUGGUCUUCUAAGAAGCAACAUACCGUAGCUCGUUCUAGUGCAGAGGCAGAGUACCGUGCUAUGGCUAAUGCUGUUGCUAAAGUCAUUUGGGUUCGGCAGUUGUUGGCUGCGUUACGUUUUCUUCUUUCUUCUCCUCCUGUGCUUUAUUGUGACAAUCUCAGUGCUAUUUAUUUGUCUCUUAAUCCCAUUCAACAUCAGCGGAGGAAGCACAUUGAAAUUGAUAUCCGCUCUGUUCGUGAGAGGGUGGCUUCUCGUUUCAUUCUACUACAGCAUGUUCCUUUUACUUUGCAACGUGCUGAUAUUCUUACUAAAGCACUCUCUACCACUGCUUUUUGCUCUCAAAGGUCCAAUUUAUGCGUGCUUUGCAAUCCCGCACAAAUUGCAGGGGGAUGACAGUGUAUUAUGUGUGUAUUAUAUUCAAGGGUAGAAAUGUCAUUCACUUCUAUAUACGUACUAUAAAUACUGUAACCCUAU